AUGUUGCAGCACGAACCUUAUUGGGCUGAAGCCUCUAGAAAAGAAAUUGUGCACUCCAACGGGCGAUUGAUGGAACGUGGGAGCUAUUGCUCGUUCAGCAUCGGCCAUGUUUUGAGCAAGGUCGCGUUUGAGGCCAAGAAGUUCCAUGAAAGCCGCGUUCUGAAUCACCAUGCACGGAACGGAAGAGAACUUAAGUUCGUCUGCUCUUCCACUCUGCUCUCGGUCCCAGCUGGAAACCUGUGCAGCGGUGGGCGCCUUGUUUACCAAACAGCAUCCGCGCGUCUCGACGGAGGAAAGCAGAUUUUCGACAAUAUCCAGUCGAUCCCGGAACAUGCACAACUCUAUUUCAACUCUGAAGCUGUUAGCACUACUUGA